GCAUAAAUGAAUUUCUCCUUACAGCAAAGGGCUUGUUACAAGUGAGAAAUGAUUGAAAUCGAAUUCAAAAUUAUAUGAAGUGAAUCAAACCAAAAUGAGAAAACUCCUUGAGCGAGUCUUGAGCCACUGAAUAAAGUGUAAAUACCAUUAAAUCUCCGAUUCGAUUUCCGAUGAAUUCCGAGGGGCAAAUGUCACCUUGAAGUCAGGAUCGGAAGUGUUAUUCCGAGGAGAAAUCAGCAAUAUAAACAAUUAAAGAGUGAGUAGCGAAUAUAUACAGGGUUGCUCUUGGCUUGGGGUUACCAGUGCGCUUUGAACCAGAGGGGAAGGUAGUGAGAUAUUAUUGCCAGUGAUAAGAAAAGCUCUCAAGAAAAAUCGGAACUAGAAGAAAAAUAAUAUAAUAACAUGGCCAAUUCCCCGUGUUCUGUGAAAUCCUAUAGAACAGUUAUUAUUGGAGUAGACGACAGCUGUUUUUCUGAAUACGCAUUUAAUUUUUAUCUGGAUCAUGUGAGAAAGGAAGGUGAUAACAUUGUAUUGGUCCAUGUCCCAGAAUUCCAUGGGGUUAUCCAGGCACCUGCCGUCUUGACUGACCCUGGGGUUGUUAACGAGCUGUUGAAAGAGGAGGAAAUUCGAACGAGAGACCUGGUUCAUAAGUACUCGGAGAAGAUGAAGCAAUUUGGCCUUGGCGGGAAAAUGAAGCAGAUGACCGGGAAAGUGGGAGAAUCAAUCAUAGAGGUAUCAAAAACAGAAAAAGCCGACUUAAUCAUCGUGGGAACUAGAGGUAUGAGCAAGGUCCGACGAACCUUUCUGGGAAGUGUCAGCGACUACUGUGUCCAUCAUGCGCAUGUUCCAGUUCUCGUCUGCAAGCAUAAGGAGUUCGACGCUCAACAUGACCGCGUGCACCAUCAUCACCAUCAUCGGUGACGUCACCACAUGUUUCAUUUCAAAUCUUCAAGGAACUGUUUCUUCUACAGCGAUAUUUUAUUGAGUCAUUUAUCGUUACAUUACAUGUUCAUGAAUACGAUAAUGACAUACAUUUUAAAGAGCUAAAAAAGAUAAACAUUAUUAGCUCGCCAGUUCACUGAUUUUGAUAAGACUUUUCAUUUUAUGAACUGAUACAAAAAAAAAAAAUAUCAAACCAAAUAUGAUUGCUAAAUGCCUUGGUUGCAAAGGUAACAGACGGACAAAUAAAAUAAAUAAUAUAUAAUUUUCAACUACUUUGAAUCCCUGUUGAGUCUAAU